AUGAAUACUUUAGCAGAACUUCUACUGGUAGAGUUUAUACUGGCAGAACUUCUACUGGUAGAGUUUAUACUGGCAGAACUUCUACUGGCAGAACUUCUACUGGUAGAGUUUAUACUGGCAGAACUUCUACUGUUUCCCUCAAAAUUGAAUACUUUAGCAGAACUUCUACUGGUAGAGUUUAUACUGGCAGAACUUCUACUGGUAGAGUUUAUACUGGCAGAACUUCUACUGGCAGAACUUCUACUGGUAGAGUUUAUACUGGCAGAACUUCUACUGGUAGAGUUUAUACUGGCAGAACUUCUACUAGUAAAGCUUCUACUGGCAGAAUUUCUACUGGUUAUAUAUGGUGUCAAUUUUUUAAAAAAUUUUGAAUUCAAUGAGUUAUAUCAAAAAUAA